AGGGGAGAGUUCACUGUGUGGGAAUUGAUUCACUUUGAGUGACGUGACUACAAUUUAUGUGUUUUGAAUUGAUUUUUAAAAUUAAAGAGUAGAAGAGGCUCUACUCCUGUCUCUGGACAAUGACAGCUGUAUCCCAGCGGGCCUGGCUGGGAGCGACGCUCAGACACAUCUGAUUUCAGAGGUCUUAAAGUGCCAGAAAAGUGCAUUUUAGGAUAACGAAAUACAGUAUGGAUGAAGCCACCUAAUUACACAGCAUUCAAGCCACAUUUUUCUGUUUUGUCCUCAGAGCUGUAAUGCGUUUGUCUAGUAUCUUGCUAAAGCCCUUGUGCUGUUUCCACGGUGUUCCCUUGAUUGACGGGUCUGUAAGACUCACACACACACAUACGCACGCACACGCACGCACGCGCGUGCGUGUGCGAGUGAGGCUCUAGAGAUCAGUUUAGCGUCAGGCUCUGACGUUGGUCCUCCCCGCUUCCCGGUCCUGGUGCGCAGAGCCGUCCUGCUUCUGACCUGGGUGUCCCCUGACGUGGCUCUCUCUCUCUCUGUCUCUCUCUCUCUCUCUCUGUCUCUCUCUCAUCGUCUACUGUCUUCCCUUUUGAAACCAGGUUACGUAUGUCCCUCUCCCUCCCCCAUCCGUCCUCUCUGCUUCCUUGAGGAUGAGAGAUCAUGGCUCAUGGCUCGGAGACUCCCUGCAGAGGCUGUGGGCUGUGAUUCCUCACCAGCUGCUCAGUUCCCGUCUCCUUAACCAGUGUGGGCUCUGAUCCCGAUUAAACCCCUGGAGCUGGUGCCUCAAGCAGGGCUUUGGGGGCGCCCCUUCCCUGUACCCCUCCAGCUCUAGUUCUGUUUCGAUCACCAAAUCAGAAUGUUGGCGCAAGUGCUCUUCAGAGAAUUCUGCCGUGAAUGGUGGUGACUGGUGCUUGCCAGAGCCCUGGGGGACAUCUGAUGUUUGAGGGAGAGGGACCCUCAUGGGCAUAUUAUUAACUAUGACGUCUCCAGGUCUGUGACGCUCCAUCCCUGCGCCACCAAGGAGAUCUUACCUUCACCCAGUAGCGUGCUCCAACCGACAAAUACCUGCUCCAAAUGCAUGUAACAUGUGCUUUCAGAUUUUUGGAGAGCCAUUUAAAAAAUGUAUGUUUCAGCAUCUCUGUAUCUUUUAAAGAACCUGUUGGAGACUUCCACUGUAAUAGUCAGUGUCCUUUCAUAUGAGGAUCUUCUUGACGAAUUGAUUUUUAAGUUCGGUACUUGGAUAAAGCUCACGUACAGAUGAGUUUGUCGGAAUGAAAAGAAUUUGUGACCCGGUGUAAUUCCCAUUUUUGCUUUGGCUGCCAGGAAGCUCCACUACAUUCGUUGCCCGACUGCAAUAAUGGGUUUCAAUUCCACUGGCCUGAGGUUGCCCUAGAUCCACAUUGACUGGACAUAAAUCUACGUCUGAACAGUUGCGCGAACACACUGACAUCUGAAAGGAUGCUGACGCUUCUUACUUGACACGUAUUCGUUCUUCGGAAUGACUCAUCUCCUAGCCCCAAAUGCCUUAGGGCCCCGUGGGCCGCCCCAGAGGACUCAGUCCCGGUGGCCAGCGACUCCCAAGCAGCUCACGUGCGCUCAGCCUCAGGCUCCCGCUGACGCACCUGGGAAUCUCGCUCACCAGCCCCCGCCUGGCAUCCUUGCCGGCAGUGCCCCCCACCCCCCCCGAGCCAUGGAGGCUCCCGAGGUCCCCGUGGGCUCGCUGAUUGACUUCGGGGCCGGGGCCAAGCCAUCCACCUCCUCGCCCCUGGAGAUGCUGCCCGCAAAGCUGCAGGACGGGGACAGCUCCCCGGGCGAGGGUGCGUCGGCGAGUGAGGCCACGGAGUCGGCCGACAGCGAGAACGACAUGGGCGAGUCGCCCUCGCACCCGUCCUGGGGCCAGUACCGCCGCUGCUCUUCCAGCGAGUCCUUCUCCUCCAACCAGAGCACCGACUCGGCCAAGGAUGCGGAGCUGCUGGAGCUCCGGGAGUUCAUGCGCAGCUACGUGGAGAAGAUCUUCUCCGGAGGGGAGGACUUGGACCAGGAGGAGAAAGCCAAGUUCGGAGAGUCCUGCAGCAGUGAGAAUGGAAAAGGCCGGGAAUGGUUUGCCCGGUACGUGAGCGCCCAGCGCUGCAAUUCCAAGUGCGUCUCGGAGGCCACCUUCUACCGCCUGGUGCAGUCCUUCGCGGUGGUCCUAUUUGAGUGUCACCAGAUGGACGACUUCGGGCCUGCAAAGAACCUCAUGACCAUGUGCUUCACCUACUAUCACAUCGGUAAACCGCACCUGCUCCCCUCCGAGUUCAAGGUGAAGCCGGCCGGGAGCAUCGACUCCUACUUGAAGUCGGCCAAUAGCUGGUUAGCAGAGAAGAAGGACAUCGCCGAGCGGCUUCUGAAGAACACGUCGGCCAAGACGGAGAACGUCAAGGGCUUCUUCGGGCUGGAGACCAAGCCCAAGGGGCCCCUGGCCAGGAGAAGCGAGGAGAAAGAAGGCAAGUCCCAGGAGAAGCCGCGGAAGACGGUGACUGUGUGCAGCCCAGAGGAAGAGAGGAAGGGGGAGAAGAUCUACCUAUACACACACCUGAAGCAGCAGCCCAUCUGGCACACGCUGAGGUUCUGGAACGCGGCCUUUUUCGACGCUGUCCACUGUGAGAGGAGAAAGCGGUCUCCCACCACCAGAGGGGAUGCUGGAGAGGAGGAGAAGAAGAGAGAGAGGUGGUGCCACAUGACCCAGGAGGAGCGGGAUGACAGCCUGCGGUUCAACGAGAACAUCACCUUCGGGCAGCUGGGCACAUUCACGCACAAUAUGCUGGCGUUCGGGCUGAACAAGAAGCUGUGCAACGACUUCCUGAAGAAGCAGGCGGUGAUCGGCAACCUGGAUGAGGAGCAGUACAAGCUGCUGAGUGACCACAUCGAGCAGAUGGCCGCCGAGUAGGCCUCGGGAGGUGGCCCGAGGCUCCCCCAGGAGGACUGUGGGUGCGCGCCUCCCUCCCGGGCCCACGGCUGGCUGUCACACACACCCCCGCCCCCGCAUGACAUUGGCAGCACCCAGAGGCGCCCCACACCGCCCUAGAACUAGCGGCUAGAAGAAUCUGGUUGCCCGUUUUCCCUGCCUCCCCUCUGCCUGUGUCUGCUCCCCCAUCUGCGUGCCAAAGUGUCUCUGGGAUUACACAGCUAACACCGA